CACAGUAUCUACAUAAGUGUAUUUGAGUUCGAUGAUGCUAUUUCCAUGAGUAAGGUAGGCUCCGGGUAUUUUUACAUAUCUUAAAAAGCCUCCCGGUGGUCUCUUGUCCUUAAGCCCAGACGUGUAUCUCUUCGACUGUCCAGAUUCUAGUCUCGUCAAAUCCUCACCACCAUCUUUUUCCUUACCGCCACAAUGACGAGCAUCCGCAAAGUCAUCAUCUCCCAAUACGGCGACGUCGACGUGAUCAAAGUGGUCACAGAUGUCUGCCCACCGCCGCCCCCAGGUGAAAUCCAAAUCGCCACCGAAUACUCUGGCUUCUCCGGCGCCGACGUCAACAUGCGCAAGGGCAUCUACCCCUUCAUGAAGAAAGCGCCCCUCACGCCAGGCUACUGUCUUGUCGGCACCGUCCGCGCCCUAGGCGAGGGCUCCAAGAACUUCCAAAUCGGCGACGUCGUCGCCGUCCUGACCAAAUACGACUCCGAGGCGGAGCUGGUCAACCAGCCGGAGAAGUACUGCAUCCGCGUGCCCGACGGCGUUGAUCACCGCCAGGCGACGGCGCUCAUCUGCGACUGGAAUACCGCGUACGGCAUGGUGAUGCACUCGGCGAGGGUGUCCAAGGGCCAGCGGGUGUUUGUGCACGGGAUGAGCGGCGCCGUGGGGUUCGCGCUCAUGAAGCUCGCGCAGCUGCAGGGCGCGACGGUGUACGGUACCGCGAGCCAGCGGAACCACAUUGACGUCCGGCGUGAGGGCGGGAUCCCCUUUGUCUACAGCGACAAGAACUGGAUGAAGGAGAUGAACGCACUGGGCGGCGCGCAUGCCGUAUUUGAUCCGCUUGGCUUUGAGAGCUUUGACGAAAGCUACUCCAUCCUCGCGGAAGACGGCACACUCGUCGGGUUCGGGAAUAACAAGGCUUCGUUGAACGAGGGUGCUCCUCCACGGAACCCGACGGGUGCGCUGUUGAAGUUGUUUGCGAGGAAUUUGAACUUGUUGACGAAGAGGAGCACGACUUUCUAUGCGUUGAACAGGGACUCUGCGACGUAUGUGCCUAAUGUCACAGCGUUGUUGGAUAUGUUGAGGACGGGGACGAUUACGGUGCCAAUCAAGUGUGUAUGGGACAUGGAGGAUAUUCAGACUGCGCAUCGGCAGUGGGGUGGUGGGAGCGGUGUUGGAUCUUUGUUAAUCAAGGUGGCCAAGAACUAGUGCCUGGCAAGAGGUUAUUAGGAGAUCUUGUCUUUGUUCACGACUCAGAGUGCGUUUUUGAUAUUGAGGAGUUUGGGUAGAAUCUACAGUCGUAGUGCGUAAAUGACCUCGUUCUUACACAAGUUGAAAUUACAUUAUCA